UUUAUACACUUUUAUAUGAAAAUCUGAUUUAAAAAAAACUAGCCAUACUGUGUGCAGAAAUUUCUGGUGAAAGGCUGUGGGCAGGUACAAGCUUGGUUCAUGUUCGACCGAUGCCAAUGAGCAGAUAAACGUUGGGCAUCCCACUGAGAAGUAAAGGACCACGUGACUGGGUCCAGGAGGGAUCGAUGGUGCAACAAUUUGUUCUUGAGGAAAAAUCCCGCAAAAGCAAACCGAGAAAAAUCGCUCUGGCGGAGGGUUGACACGAGAGCAAAUGGUUGCAGGAAAGCUAUUCACUGGAUUUUAAUGGCCACCUCGGUGGUAAUGUGAAGUUAUCUUCAACAAAGAGGGGGAUGGAGACACUCCCUCCCGUUUCCUCUCUCACAGGAAUGCACGCACACACAAUAUGAGAGCGACUGAAAGAGGUAGUGAGUGACAAAAAAGUGUUUAAAAACCGAGAUAAAAUCACUGUAAAAAAUGCAAAUAAUAGAGAGAUUUGAAGAGACAGAGAUCGAUAGAAUCAUCAUUAGAUGACAAAUAAUUCAGCCAGCGAAAAGCACAAGAAUUAUUGGUGUAAUGAUUGGCACGGGAUGAAGGAUAACUCCUUCAUUAAACCGUGUUUUCAGGAUGAUUACCGCAGACAUCAAUCUGUCAGAACCAGGAAAGGUCAAAGCUUUAGUUUGUCUUCAUGUCAGCGUUUGUUUUCUUGCCAUCGCAUAUUGUUUGUGUGUGCGUGUGUGUGUUUGUAAAAUGGCUUUACUCUGUGCAAACUUGCAAGCUUGUUUGUAGUAAUGUCCAACAUGGAUUUCCCAGACUAUGACGACUCAUUGCAGAACUCAAGUGUCCCGCUUCUUGCAGGUACCGAGCCCUGAGGGAUGAACUUUGAUGCAACAUCGAUGACUCCUUUUGCGAGUUUCUUUUCGAACCCAGAAAUGGUAAACAGUUUGUGAACUGUCCAGCAUCCCACAAGCUCUCGUCUCGGGAAUUCUCGGCUUGGUUUUGCGAGGCGAGACGAGAUGUCGCUGCUGCUGCAGCUGACCAUAGUUCUGAGCGCCUACGCCGUGACGGGGAUAGUGGGUAACGUCCUCGUUCUGAUCGUCUACGGCAGAGCCAAGCACAAGAUGUCGUUCUCGGUUUACAUCCGGGUCUUGGCCGUCGUGGACCUGCUGGUGUGCUGCGUCAUCAUCCCCUACACCAUCGCGUUCGAGUGGCAGGCCGUGACGUCAGACGUGGCGUGUCGCGGGCUGGAGAUCUUACGUCACGCGCUCGUGACGUUUUCCUGCCACACGCUGUGUGCCAUCGCUGGGGAGAGGUAUCUGUCCGUCUCCAGGCCCCUCCGACUCCACCGGGCGGAGACCGCCAAGUCCAUCACCGCUGCCAUCGCCAUCACCAGCGUCAUCAUCGCUUUCCCUUCGGCGACGAUUUUCUCCGUCUCCCUCGAUGACGUCACGAGCCAGCGGAUCUGCGCCGAGAACGAAACGACGGAAGUGACGUCACGCGAGGGCCGCGCGUAAAGCCAGUUUACGCCGGGACUCGUUAACGAGUCGUGGGCCAUGGCGUACCAGGGAUUUCUCGUCCUGGACUUCGUCGUCGCGGUCCUCUUAAUGAGCAUCCUGUAUAUCAAAAUGUACAAAGAAAUAUGGCGACGUGUACAAUGGCGGCGGAGGCGGAGACUCGCUCCACUGACUACAGUCCACACCAUCGCGCGGUGCUCGCUGGGCCAGGAACAUGGACGCAGCGACGGAACCAGAAGAGAACGAGUGAAUUCUGAGACAAAGGCAAGAAACCAAACAAUCGGCCAAACUGCACUCACAAGUCACGUGGUGUCCGCCUGGACCGACAAGCCCUCAAGAUGUCUGCCAACUCCUGUUCUACGCCAGGAUGGCUGUACACUGCCUUCGUCACUGGGGAGGAGUGAGAAUGCAUUGAUUGGUAUUGAUUCUACGGGAGAUAAAAAUGCAGAUGUUCAACCCACUGUACCUAGGGUCUCUCCGUGGAGGACAAAAGCACGCACCACCACCGGGACCCUUGACCCCAGCAUGGCGGCUAGAGUCACCCCGAGUCCGCAGGGUCCCGACACGGGGAAGAAAGCAGGGACUAUGCUCUCCAUCUGCACUGCUAUCUUCGUCGUCACUUGGCUGCCCUUCUGGCUGGACAUCUUCAACCUGACCUGCAACCUCACCUUCCGCUACACUUUCUUCCUGGGUCACGUGACCAACCCGCUGGUGUACGGCGCUGUCAGCAGCAGGGUCCGGGGAGAGCUCAAGCGGAUCUUGCUCUGUCGCUGAAGCAUCGUAGGCCGUCAACUGUGUCAUGCCCGGUUCGCAUCCCACUUGGGGAUCAAACAUAUUAACGUUAAAUCGCCUGGAAAUUACUAUUUAUUUAAACGUUUGCAUUUUUUAUGAUUUCAUCUGCACAGUUCUUCCUGAGAAACUGCUUUUACUUUUGCUAGAAACGUCAGCUUCAAAGAAAUCUGCUUUUUUUAUUAUCUGUACACAAAUUGCACACACACACACACACAAGCAACCUAACAUAAUCACGAAAAGUCUGCAAACUUACACAUACCUUGCAAUAGCAAGGACGACAAUUGGCUGGAGACAUUGCUGCCUUUGUCUGUACUUCGAUUACUUCCCGUGAAUGGCCAGAGAUGGAGAAGGAGCUUUCUGCCGAUUGUGUCUCGUCUGAUGCGUGGUGCAGACAUAGACAGACAGGAGUAGACCUACUCGCCUGGGAAGCUCAGAAAGACAUGCUAGGCCAGGAAGGUAGGUGGCACAGUGUAGCAAUCUUCACCUAAUGGUACCCGAUUUAUCAGGGGAGAUAAACGUUGGCGGAAGGAGAAUCUUGAUCUCCUCUUUCCUCGUAUCAUGCUCUACACACAAUGAACCACUCACAGUCCCGCUCUCUAAUUUAUCUCCUGCUGAAACACGUUGCCCCAUCAGUCGGUUGAUGUGUUUACCUGCGGUGAACUUGGAUCACGACACAGGUGAUGCUUCCGGAGUGACUGACUGCACAUAUCAGACAUUGAUGUAUUACCAUGUAUUUAUUAUU